AGAGUGUGGCGGCGGCGGCGGCGGCGAGAUCUGGGCUCGGGUUGAGGAGUUGGUAUUUGUGUGGAAGGAGGCGGAGGCGCAGGAGGAAGGGGGCAGCGUAACGCCGUCCCGGAGGGCGGGAGGAGGCGCGGCCAGGGCAGGCAGCUGAGGCAAGGCUAGCCAGGCGGGGAGCAGGACAAGCAGCGGCCGAGCGAGCGCGGGGCGCACCGAUCUCGGGAGGCGGGGAAGCCCCGCGGCCGCCGCGCCCGCCCCUUCCCCCGCCGCCCGCCCCCUCUCCCCCCCCGCCCGCUCGCUGCCUUCCUCCCUCUGCCUUCCUUCCCCACGGCCGGCCGCCUCCUCGCCCGCCCUCCCGCAGCCCAGGAGCCGAGGCUGCCGCGGCCGUGGCGGCGGAGCCCUCAGCCAUGGCCUCGGGCGACACCCUCUACAUUGCCACGGACGGCUCGGAGAUGCCAGCCGAGAUCGUGGAACUGCAUGAGAUUGAGGUGGAGACCAUCCCGGUGGAGACUAUCGAGACCACGGUGGUGGGCGAGGAGGAGGACGACGACGAAGACGACGAGGAUGGUGGCGGCGGAGACCACGGUGGCGGGGGCGGCCACGGGCACGCUGGCCACCACCAUCACCACCACCACCACCACCACCCGCCCAUGAUCGCGCUGCAGCCGCUGGUCACCGACGACCCGACCCAAGUGCACCACCACCAAGAGGUGAUUCUGGUGCAGACGCGCGAGGAGGUAGUGGGUGGCGACGACUCGGACGGGCUGCGCGCCGAGGACGGGUUCGAGGACCAGAUCCUCAUUCCGGUACCCGCGCCGGCCGGCGGAGACGACGACUACAUCGAGCAGACGCUGGUCACCGUGGCGGCGGCCGGCAAGAGCGGUGGCGGGUCUUCGUCGGGCGGCGGCCGCGUUAAGAAGGGCGGCGGCAAGAAGAGUGGCAAGAAGAGUUACCUGGGCAGCGGGGCCGGCGCGGCGGGCGGUGGCGGCGCCGACCCGGGUAAUAAGAAGUGGGAACAGAAGCAGGUGCAGAUCAAGACCCUGGAGGGCGAGUUCUCGGUCACCAUGUGGUCUUCAGAUGAAAAAAAAGAUAUUGACCAUGAAACAGUGGUUGAAGAGCAGAUCAUUGGGGAGAACUCACCUCCUGAUUAUUCUGAAUAUAUGACAGGCAAGAAACUCCCUCCUGGAGGGAUACCUGGCAUUGACCUCUCAGACCCCAAGCAACUGGCAGAAUUUGCCAGAAUGAAGCCAAGAAAAAUUAAAGAAGAUGAUGCUCCAAGAACAAUAGCUUGCCCUCAUAAAGGCUGCACAAAGAUGUUCAGGGAUAACUCUGCUAUGAGAAAGCAUCUGCACACCCACGGUCCCAGAGUCCACGUCUGUGCAGAAUGUGGCAAAGCGUUCGUUGAGAGCUCAAAGCUAAAACGACACCAGCUGGUUCAUACUGGAGAAAAGCCCUUUCAGUGCACAUUCGAAGGCUGCGGGAAGCGCUUUUCACUGGACUUCAAUUUGCGCACGCAUGUGCGAAUCCAUACCGGAGACAGGCCCUAUGUGUGCCCCUUCGACGGUUGUAAUAAGAAGUUUGCUCAGUCAACUAACCUGAAAUCUCACAUCUUAACACACGCUAAAGCCAAAAACAACCAGUGAAAAGAAGAGAGAAGACCUUCUCGACCCCGGGAAGCCUCUUCAGGAGUGUGAUUGGGAAUAAAUAUGCCUCUCCUUUGUAUAUUAUUUCUAGGAAGAAUUUUAAAAAUGAAUCCUACACACUUAAGGGACAUGUUUUGAUAAAGUAGUAAAAAUUUAAAAAAAUACUUUAAUAAGAUGACAUUGCUAAGAUGCUCUAUCUUGCUCUGUAAUCUCGUUUCAAAAACAAGGUGUUUUUGUAAAGUGUGGUCCCAACAGGAGGACAAUUCAUGAACUUCGCAUCAAAAGACAAUUCUUUAUACAACAGUGCUAAAAAUGGGACUUCUUUUCACAUUCUUAUAAAUACGAAGCUCACCUGUUGCUUACAAUUUUUUUAAUUUUGUAUUUUCCAAGUGUGCAUAUUGUACACUUUUUGGGGAUAUGCUUAGUAAUGCUGUGUGACUUUCUGGAGGGUGACGACUUGCUUGCGGUAGAUUUUCUUUAAAAGAAUGGGCAGUUACAUGCAUACUUCAAAAGUAUUUUUCCUGUACAAAAAAAAGUUAUAUAGGUUUUGUUUGCUAUCUUAAUUUUGGUUGUAUUCUUUGAUGUUAACACAUUUUGUAUAAUUGUAUCGUAUAGCUGUAUUGAAUCAUGUAGUAUCAAAUAUUAGAUGUGAUUUAAUAGUGUUAAUCAAUUUAAACCCAUUUUAGUCACUUUUUUUUUCCCAAAAAUACUGCCAGAUGCUGAUGUUCAGUGUGAUCCUUUGCCUGUUGAGUUACAGAAAGUGGUGCUCAGUUGUAGAAUGUAUUGUACCUUUAACACCUGAUGUGUGCAUUCAUGUAACGGAAAGGGCAACAAUAAAAUAGCGAUCCUAAAGAAAGAGUAUGGCAGAAAGACCUCUGUAAGCACAGCCUUAUUUUCCUCUGUUGUCCAGAAUACUUACAAUUCUUGAGCCUCCCAGAAAUUGGAAGCUAAAUAAAGCAACUCGAGUUUCCUCUAUUUUGCACUCAGUGACAGUGACUGUGAUGAGGUCCGUGCACGGACGCUUAGCAUUUCCUACACGCCCUGAAUUCCGAGAGCAGGCAGGAAGCACCCCGAGCUAGGGAACUACCUCAGAGCACACAGACGGCCCAUGGCUGGCAGGAUUGCCCUUGAUAUCCUGGUGCAUGUGGGAGUGACAGGUUUGCAUGGGGCCUGAUGCUUUCUGAAGGGAAGGCACCGACUGGCAGUGGGUACGCCGGGGAGGAUGGGCCUGCCUGUUUUCUCGUCACUCAGGCUGCCUUCAAGAGCAGUGGCUCCUUGGCUUGUCCAGUCGGAAACCUCAGUACAGUCCUUAUUAGAUGCUAUCAGAUGUAGUGAUUGAGUGCCCGUAGCUGUUUGCUUGUAGACACACUAAGUGCAGAGCGGCAAGGCGAUUAGAUUAUUAGGAAGUUGUACUCAGUGAGUACUUGACUUGUCAUGUGUGACCUCUUCAAUGUAUGAGUAUAAUUUUUGAAUUUUACCUAGGAUCAAAUACGAGACUUGUUAAAUAUUUUAUAAACUGCCGUGAUACACAAAAUCUCAUUUAUUCAAAAUGCAAACCUAACUGUCUGUCUUUCUGUGCUGAAUGCUUACUACAAGGUAAAAUGACAAAUACCAGAUUCAGUCACAAAGAGGCCGGGAGACCAACCGGUCGAACACUUAGCCCAAUUUCUUAUGGCCUCACCAGGAAGAUUUGGUGACCUGGAAACAGUGGCCCCAUGGCUCUGGAAUUUUGAAGUGCCUUCUGAACCAUACAUGGAAAUGGUAACUUGGGAUACUUGUUUUAUUUGUCCAGAAUCUGAUCCAGUGAGUAGUUGCUGGGACUGAGCGUAUCAGCAGACCCAGCCGUGUGCUGGAGGCAGGCUUUGCUAUGCCUGGUAGUCAGGAGGGCUUAAGCCUAAAGGGGCCCCUUCAGAGCCAAGUGCCCAUGUAACUCUACAAGGCCUGGGCGGAGCUCCCCGCUGUGCUUUUGUGAGCACCCAGGCCUUCGCUCCCUACCAUCGGGUUGAGCCCUCCCAAAUGCCCUGCAGUAGGAGGCCAGAGCCACGUUGCCCUCCCUUACCCAGUGUUGUGCUACCCUCGAGCCUGACCCUGGCACCUCAAGACCCUUGCCCAAGGCUCCACAGCAGAGCAGACCUGUGCUGCGGAACGGCCUGCCAGCCCCCUGCGAGUCAGGCCCACGUGUAGAGCGAGGCCUCAUCCUCUGUGCCUUGAUUCCUUGGGAGAUGCCCCUCGGCCAUCUCUUCUGUCCCUUUCUGAGGGAGCAGUCAUCGUCUUCGCCCUUUCUGUGUUGGCAUUGUCUUCUCAGUGUGCAGUUAACUUCUGUUAGGAGUUCAUCUGGGGGUUCAAAGACAGCAUGAUGUGUAGGUCCUCGCUUAGGGCAGCGGUGUAGGGAACUGACAUGGCGGCGGCUAGAAGAAAGCUGCUUCUCAUUGGCUUUGGCUGAAACCCAUUUUGCUUGUUAGAGUUUAUAGUUUUGUUAUAGAUGUAAUUUACUAAAUUUGAAAUGGUGUUCUAACAGUGAGUCCAUUGUCUAGACACUUAAUCUGAUUUGUAAGUAAUACCGAUAGACAUAUUUUCUUACAUCUGAGCAGAAAUAAAUGCAUGUUCUAGCAAAUGUAAUGUAAAAACUCCAGAGACUAAGUUUACACCCAAUAGGAUCUUAUUUUCUACUUUUAAAUUUGUUAUUUGCCCCUCUUCGGUAGUGGGGUUGGGGGCAUAUUAUCUGUUAUCUGUAUGCAGAGCUGUCACGCCAGAGUGAUGUUUAUUUCCCACAGAGAUGCUGAGCUCACACUGCUGGUUCUGUGCAGGUCCUGUGCAAUGUGUGUACUUUGCCCAGACUCGAGGCCUGAGGGACUGAGGAAAACCAAGACUCCACUCCCCUACCCCGCCUCCCGAUUUGGUUUCCACACAUUGGUUCCUCUGAAUGCUGCUUGCUUUGCUAAGUUUGGGCAUGUAAGACCUUAAGGGGUGGUGUGUGCCAUGCCUGCCCAUGUUUCUAGGCAGUUUUAGCUUGUGUCUUCACAUAGAUGAGAGCCUACUGUCUGUCAGUGAAGUGUGUGGUGCUCCAGGGAUAUGGUGCUGGCCUGGCUUAGCACCUAUCUCACCUUUCCACUCUGCAGGACUCACCUGUGGUAACCCUCAGAUCACUGACUCGAGUGUAUGUAUAUCUGUGGCCCAGGAAGUUUUGCCCACUCCCCACCAUCGAUGGGGACUUGACUACUUAUGCCUUUCCUCUGUGCUCCAGAAUUGGCAUGAUUUAGUCAGUCUUCGGUGGGUUUUGUUUGUUUUUAUUCUCUUGUCAUCUAGCCUACAGCAAGAGCAGGGACUUUGGGGCGAGAGCAGGGAGAUGAGGAGAGUUGUCAGUAGAUGCCAUCCAUGACUGACUUCUAAAAGGCAUUGUCCUAGCAGCCCUUCGGUGUUGGUGUGACUUUUUCUAGAGCCAGGACCUGACAGAUACACUGUAGCUGAGCAUAGGAACUCAGAACUCCAAAGCAGAUGUGCUUGCUUGCAACACUUGAAACUCUAGUCUCUCUUUGGCUGGUCAGAACAAAAGCUACUCCGUGCUUCAAAUCACACCCCAGCAGCAUUGACCAGGUUGGUUGGGUCUCCAAGAUAUUGGGCUUGUUAACUACUCUCAGGGUAAGCUCAGAUGCCUUGGUCGCCUCAAGAUGUCACAAGUACAGGGCCUUCAGGUGAGCGAGUAGUACUGGGCAGGGGAGGGUGGCUGUGUGGCUGAGGCUACCGGCAUCAUUGGGCAUACUUGGUCAGUAUGGCGCCAGGAAGAUCAGCCUCCAGCUAGGACAGUAUGUAGACCUCAUAGGAAGGGGUGGGUGGCAGAUGUGAGCAAAUGUCACACCGUCCCUGAUAAAACAGUCAAGGUUUUGGAAUUGAGUGGCAGUAGGUCACAGGCAGGGUGCACCUUCCAGACUGGUACAAGGUGUGCCCGGCCAGCGUUCUGGAGACCAUUGACGGUUAGUUGGCAGCACCUUGCUUGACAUCUCAAGAGUGGCAAGUUUGGGGGUUGGGGAUUUAGCUCAGUGGUAGAGCGCUUGCCUAGGAAGCGCAAGGCCCUGGGUUCGGUCCCCAGCUCCGGAAAAAAAAGAACCAAAAAAAAAAAAAAGUGGCAAGUUUGAUGAUAUUGACAGAAGAUCCCUCGGCCACCGUGAGAAAUGACCUUGGAGUUGGGCAGCCUCCCUGCUUGCAGCCACAUGGUAACUCCAUACACAGCGUAAGAGAGGAAAGAAGGCAUCAGUACCAGAGUCGCCUCUUUAUACUGCCAGCAGCUGUUAAACUCUGAUGUCCGCGAAUGGCGAGAACAGUUGUGUUUUCAUUUUCUGGGAACUCCCAUAGGCCCUGGCUCAAGGACUUUGCAUUGUGUGUCAUGUACAUCUCUUAAGUAUUCUUUGCUGUUCUGGAAUUGUCCUUGGUUUUUCCUUAGCACAUAGAUCAUAGACACAGAAAUAUCAAUAGUAUUUAAAAGCAUCCGCAUCAAGCAUCAGAUGGCUUCGCAUCCAGGAAAACAUAACUCGGUUUGAAGCACCACGCAUGUGUAACAUGGCUCUAUACAAUACAAUAAAAAACGCUAAUGUUAA